GAGUCCCGGCGUGACACUGGCGGCUUCUUAGGCUUGUGGUCGCGGAAUCCUCUUUGUCUCAAGGCCUACCCGCGUUACAUGCCUGGCAACUGCGUAUGGGCCGCUCGUUUGUUAGCAGGUUCGCUCACCUCGUAAUUCGUAAACCCUUGUUGGCUGAGCAUUUCAACCUCCGCAAGGGCAAUUGAUUUAAAUCACAACCUACUUAGUAAAAAGGGCAUUUAGUUCACGGUGUCGCGUUUGCUUUGCGGCCGGCCGGCACAAGCGGUUGCACACUGCUUCGUCCUGAAGCUGGAGGAAGCCCCGGAGGUGGCCGCUCGCCUUCAGCUUACACGAAACACUGCGAAGUCUAGGUCAGGGUUAUGCGGCAUGCACGCGUGCCAGUAGACUGUCUGGCAACAGAGGGCGGGGGUCAGAGGGCUGCACAGGCAGCGUCAGAACUGGCAGUAGCAGGGCAAGAGCCUGUGACGGGACCCCACCCCCCCCCCGUGCUCAGCCGGGUCACCGGUUGGCUCGAGGGCUACGGCCAGCGCGCUUGGGGUGGACGACUUUUGCUACGCGGCACGAUCUGGGUUGACGGAAGAGGAGUAAGAGCAGCAGUAUCCGUCGUAGCCUCGCAGGUGGGCGAACUGAGCCGUUUCGCUCUCCGUCUCCGCGUUCCUCUGCAUUCCAUUGAGGAGUAGAUGGCUUCUGGCCGGGUGACCCGUGCAACCAAGUUGUUUCUUGUGGGCGCCUAAGCAGGCUGCGUGGUUGCGGUGCAAGCAGCCACCCGAUGUUGCGCCGCGAGAUGUGGCGGGGUGGCCACACGAGGUGGGCCGUGGAAGCAGAAUCACACGACGCACCUCGCCCCCAGCAAGGCCCGUGGCGUGGGUGGCGCCGAGGUGUCCUUGGGGGUGUAGUGCACUAGGCCGCGGUUGUGAUGCCCGCCGGCACGCCGGCUUUGCCGGUGGCGCUGUUGGUGAGUUAGUCUGUUUCCGCUAAUGCACACUUGUGGGCUGUACGGCAUGUAUCACCGUGUGUGGCUGUGGCCUGCAGGCGUUUGGACGGAUGGGCACCAGCGUGUCAUUCCGCCCAUACGGUUUGCAGUGGGCAUUCGCGUUAUCGCGUAUACCUGUGAGGGGCCGCAGGCAGCCGCACGACGCAGCUGCCUUCGGCCAUGUACCGUACUGCCCUGUGUGGGCUGUGUGGCGCCAAUGCUGGGGGAGGCCCGCGUUGGGGAGCCCAAGCACCGUCCACGGUGCGCGAAGGUCCUUUGUAGCUGCUCAGGUUACAGGCGAGAGAUGUAGACUUAUGAGGAGGCGCACAAAGCAUUUUGUAGUCAUCAGAAUGAGACGAUGAUCUGGCGGUGGUAUCCCGGGACAUGUCAGACCAAAGGAGCGUGCAAACGAAGCAAGGGAGCAAGCUUGAGACGGUUGAGCAGUCCACGCCUCCGUCGGUACGCUCACCGAGCGGUCACGCAAUUAUGUAAACAUGGGCAUUG